AUGAAGAGGCCCCCUCCUCCUCCACCUUCUUAUUCAUCUCCUCCUUCUUCUUCAUCUUCUUCUUGCAUCAGUUCACCGAAAACACAAAAAAAAUCCCAGUCUAAACGUGUUCGACCCAAGAAAAUUCAGAAUGCGGCUGAUGAUUCUAAUAAAUCAAGAAGGUCCAUUUUCAGAGGUGUCACCCGGCACAGAUGGACAGGAAGGUUUGAAGCACACCUGUGGGAUAAAAGUAUAUGGAACAGCAUUCAAAACAAGAAAGGAAAACAAAUCUAUCUGGGUGCAUAUGACAAUGAGGAGUCUGCGGCUCGAACCUAUGAUCUAGCUGCCCUCAAGCAUUGGGGACCUGGUACUCCCCUGAAUUUCCCGCUUGAGAUGUAUUUGACUGAAAUUGAGGAAAUGCAAAAAAUGACAAAGGAAGAAUACUUAGCAUCGCUUAGACGACAAAGUAACGGAUUUUCAAGAGGUGUUUCCAAGUACCGUGGUGUGGCAAGGCACCACCAUAAUGAUCGAUGGGAGGCUCGAAUUGGAUGUGCUUCUGGAAAUAAAUAUCUUUAUUUGGGAACUUACAGCACCCAAGAGGAAGCUGCGGCAGCAUAUGAUAUGGCAGCAAUAGAAUUCAGGGGGCCUAAUGCAGUAACCAACUUUGACAUUAGCAAAUAUACAGACAAGUUGAAAAAAUUCACACCGGAGGUCGAAGUAAAUCAGGAUGAUGUCCAAGCAACGAAUCAAGAAACUUCAGAGCUCGAGUUCCAAGUAAUGGAUCAAGAAACUUCGAAGCUCAUCCCGCAAACGCUAGUAGACAAGACAAUUGAUCAUCAAUACCAGCAACAAGAGGAAUACAAUCAAAUGGUUCAACAUAGUGACUCAAACUUAGAGAUGACUGAUUCCAUUGAUUCGGAUGUAAUGGUGAUGAUGGACCCCACCAAGGAUAUUGAGCACUGUUGGGACAAUCUGUGCUUUGACUUAGACCUCAAUUCGCUUCAAAUUCCCAACAUUCCUCUUGAAAACAACGAGUUGUUGGGAUUGUUUGAUGAAAAAGGUUUCGAGGAUGAUAUUGGUUCCAUUUUUGAUAGUUCGUUCGAUGAAAACGAUUUUCUCCAAGGCACAAUGCCCGGAACUAGUGUUGGAAGUAAUGGUGUCGAGGCAGAUAUUUUGGUAAGUCGAGGCGAAAAGGGACUUGAUGCAUCAAUAACUUCUUCUUCUUCACCACCACCAUCAACAAUAACAUCAGUUGGUAGCAACAUAGUGUAGCAUUGUAAGAAUUUUCUAAAA